AUGGAGGACGAAAAUUCUACUAUUGAAGAUGGAGAAACUGUGAUUGAACACAGUGAUCCCGCUACAAGUAAGUCAGUAAUAAAGGCCUCGACGUCAAGACCUCAGACGACCAUGUCAACGAGUACAGCGUUAUUGGGUCAAUUCAGCAACAUUGUACCACACUUGUGUCUAAAUGGGCUCGUUGCUGAACAUAACACCGAAGAUCAAAGUGAAGAUACAGAAUUAAUGUCACUUCAACAACAACUAUUCAGUAUUCGAACAGAACGUCGAAAAGCGGUGAUACGUAAGCAAAUUGCUGAAGAAAGAACCAGGAUUGAUGCACUCUCCCAACCUCCUCCCGCUACAUUGAAUCCAACUGCAAAUCCAGGGACAACACCUGUUCCUGCAGUACAGCAAGGUGAGCAAAUUACAGAACCACUAUGUCAGAAUCCUACUAGAGGUAUUCUGGUAGAUCUAGACACCACUAAACCCAACAAGGUGCUACAAAUCAUAAACUUCCUUUGGCAAGACCCAGUUGCUGUCAAUACCUAUUCCUUUGGCGAUGGCCUAGAAUUUCGAAUUGGCCGGAAAAGGUCACUUGAGAAUGUUAGUGUAGAGGAAUGGGGAUAUGCAAACACGCGGAUAUUACAAGAACUGAUGAAGCUUGAUCCCGGGUUCCACCCUAAUCCUUACCUUAAAUAUACAGCUGAUAUAUUUCGCCUUGCUGGUAAAUAUGUUUGGUACUCAGUCCUCCUUUACGAUAAAGAGUAUCGCGAGCGCCAGGCCAUUGAGAAGUUUGAAUGGGGUACCUGUUUGCAAGAUUUAAGGAAAUUUCAGCUCAUAAUUAAGAAAGAUCACCCAACGGCUUUAGCCUUGCAAGAACAAAAUUUGGCACACAAAAAUACAAAACCAGUGGGGUAUGGCAAACCAAGUUCCAAUUCAAAUCCGACUAGUGUGCGCAGGAAAGGGCUCUUCACGUCGGAGGGUAGAGAGAUCUGUCGUAACUUUAAUAAUAAUAUGUGUUAUAGAAAAGAAUGUAGAUUAACACACAAUUGUGCUAUUUGCUUAUCUAAUCAACAUUCAGCGCUUGAUGGUCACGGUCCUAAUGUAAAGACACAAGUGCCUAAAAAUUUUCGACAACGGACUGCUUAG